UCAAAAUAACAGAAGAAAAGAUGUGUGAUAGGUGGUCCCAUUACAACUAAAGAGAAUGAAGAGAGACACUCAAAUCCCUACAAAGAUGCCAUCAUAUUUCAUAUUUAACUCUUAUUAUUUCAUAUCAAACUUUCUCCAUUUCACUUUAUAUUCAACACAUAUUAACCUCUUUCUGCUUUUCGUUUUCUGUUACUGAAACUUUGAAACAAAAAUGGCUUUUUUCAGAGCAGCUUCUGAAGUUUUCGCGAUCUAUACUUUUAUCUUUGCCAUUUUCUCACCUGCUGUUCUUGAAGCACAGUCUCUUUCCCAUGCUCCUGCUCCUGCUCCUUCCAGUGAUGGUACUUCGAUAGACCAAGGAAUUGCAUAUAUACUGAUGCUUGUGGCGCUGGUGCUGACUUACCUCAUCCACCCCUUUGAUGCGUUUUCUCAUCAGCUCUGAUGAAUUAUAUGUCUGUAACUGUUUUUCAUACGAAUUGAACAUAGUAGGAGCUUGUUCAGGUUGAAUGUAUUAGCAUGGAUAAGGAUGUUAUAGUGAGUGGUUUUUUUUAAUUUCUCUACUUUUCUCUUCUAACGCCACCAUUUUAUAUUCUGUUAUCUCUUUGCUAGUUUCUUGUCAACGUUGGAUGAUUGUUAAUGGAGGAAAUAGUGUUUCACCACACCA